AUGGCUUUCACUUCCUCUCUUACUUCCCAUUUUCUCCCUCUCCCAAACAAAAACCCUUUUCAAUCUCAACCCUUCUUUCUCCCUACACUCCGCCCAAAACCACUCUUAUCAACAUCUACUUCAAUCUCAACCCUCGCUUCAGCGUCAUCUUCCAAAAACUCUUCCACUAACAAUAACCCUAAACAAUCUAAACAAGACGAAAUUGUUGAGGUUGAAGUGGAAGAGGAACUUCCCUGGAUUCAAGAGAAAGCUCUUGACCUCGUUGAAUUCACCGGUUCUGUUACCCAAGCGAUUCCCGGUCCCAGAGUGGGUCCCACUUCCUUGCCCUGGAUUCUCGCCGUUCCUCUUGGUUACGCUGCUCUUACUUUUGUUAUUGCGUUUCUUAAAACCGUUAGGAACUUCGCUUCUCCCAAAGCACAGCGCAGGAAAUUGGUUGGUAAAAAUGCGUUGUUGUGUAAGUCGGUGGAUGAGUUGUUGCAAAGAGGAAGAGAUGAAGUCAAGGUUGAUGAUCUCAAAGGAAUUGAAAAUAAGACAGGUUUUGGCUUGGAAGAAAUUUUGCGCAAAUAUAUUCGAUAUGCUCUGAACGAGAAACCAUUCAAUCCUGAUGUUGUAGCUGAUUUAAUUCAGCUAAGAAGAGCUUCUGCAUUAAAUGACUCACAAGUUGCUGAGAUUCUAAAUGAAAUUUCACGAAGAAUUGUGAGAGACAAAGGUCCUAUUGUAAUGAAUAAAUCAGGUUAUACUGAAAAGGGUUUCAAGAGAAAACUAGCUGUUCAAGCUCUUUUUGGAAAGGUCUUCUAUCUAUCUGAGCUGCCUGAGUUCUGUUCAAGAGAUAGCUCCUUAGUUGUUAAGGAAAUCUUCGGAGUAACAGAUGAAGAUGCGGAUCAACUCAGAUUACACACAACUUCAGAAGCUGGCAACCUAGAUUCUCUUGAGAAGAUGGUUGAUAGUUCAGAUUCAGAAGAUUCUAGUGAGGUUUAA